UUGUAAUUUACUUCAUUUGGCAGGGGAAAUCAAACAUUUUCAAAAUUGUACGUUUAACUCUUGCCCUGCUUACAAAGAAGCAACUCCAAAAUGUCUUCGGUGCUGCAUUUACUUGGCUUCCUGUGGCUUCCUUUGCUCGUUUAUAGUGCCUUGAAUGAUAUGGUGGGAUUGCAGAAAUGUACAGAGCUUCUGAACACACAAAAGUUGGUCUACUGCUGUGGAAAGUCCUUUCUGGAUAAGUUUCUAUUCGUCGGCAGCAAUUGCACACCGUAUUGGGAUGACUUUGGUCCUUGCCGCUAUGAGUGUCUGUAUAGGCACUGGCACCUCAUGAAUCAGGAAAACCAGAUCAACAAGCCGGAGCUCUACAUGAUGAUCACCAGCCUCUACAGCCCCUUGAAUGGUUACGAGAAAUACGGAGCCGCCAUGAAGGAGGCCCACGAGACUUGCGAGGCUCUGGGCUCAAGACACGCCGACUUUCUGCUGCUCUACUCCAACCAGGUGUCGGAAAUGAUGGGCAUGGCUUCCUCCACUUGCUUGCCAUAUGCCAUGCUCCAUGCCCAGUGCACCAUGGUAUACCUAACCGCCAGCUGUCCGCGUGAAUACUGGAUGGAGGAUGCGAUGUGCAAUGAUCUCCAGAAACUGUUGUCCAGUUGCACAAAGAAACUGGACGAAAAGACGAACCAACUCAAGGCAAAAGACGAUGGGCUAACGGGCAACGGGUGUAAGCCUAUGGAUUCAAAGGGACACCAUUUGCUCCUGGCCAGUUUACUAACCCUGAUGGUUUCAAAGCUCCUAUCGGCUUAG